UUACCUGUUGUGUUACCUCCCUCCCUUGACGCUCAGGUGCACUGUCGAACUGUCGACAAGUUUACUUUCGGAAAAAACGACUGCAAAAAAAAAGUUUGUCGCCUCAAGAUGUGCAUCAGUAAGAUAUGCUAAAUGACAUGGAAAGAUAUCAGCGAUCGUUUACGAGCUGCUACGUGGGCGAACCGUGAAUUAACCUGAAGCCCGAAAACCAUGUCUGUAGGCAGUGCGGGCAGCUCGAGAGGAAGCUCGAGGCCUGACAGUUACAAGCGGGGGCCGAGCCUGAGCGGCAGCCGGGGGUCUUGGUCCUACGAGGAGCGCUGCGUGGACCCCGCCGAGCCACAGCCGGAAUCCCCCCAGAAAGAGUCAAACGGGAAGGAGCGCGACACCUUCCUGGUUUCCCCGGCCGAGCCCCCCCGCGCCAGCCAAACCUGCAAUCCCUGCGGUUCCCCGAAAGCUUGCAGGACUUUCGCGUGUAGCGUCCUGACGUGCGGCCUGUACAGAGUCUGCCUGCGAGCCCCGUGUCUGGCGCCCAAAGAGAGCGUCCCGGAGGAGCCGGAAAAGCUGAGCCUGCACGCCGAGAAUCUGCCGGUCCGCCAGGAGGAGGAGGACGACGACACGGACUGGCUGGGGGACGUCUGCAUCGGCGGCGUCAAAGUGGACAGCCCGAGGAAUUACAUCGACAACGACACUGUGGCGUACGUGGCGCAAUCGCAGCCCUGCCACCCUUCCCUGCAGGAGGUCAUACAACCAGACGCCUGGGAGGACGGCGAGGAGAACGUGGACUCGCUGAUCACCAAGAAGCUGCUGGAGCUCUACACCGAGUACCAGAUCGAGGAGCUGGCCCGCUGCACCACGGACUCGGUGUUCCUGCGCAAGAGCAAGGCCAUCAACCAGCUGAUCAACUCGCUCGCCGAGGAGCACCAGAUGGACGAGCAGGAGGCCGAGUGCCGGCUGGUGCGCGGCAUCAUCCGCAUCAGCACGCGCCGGAGCAAGAAGAAGAAGCGGCCGACGGCCUCGCGCCCGGAGAGGACGCUGUCCGACAGCGGCAACGAGACCAUGAGGGAGAGCGGCUCUUUUGCCUUCAGCAACAACAAUGACUACAAAUCAAAUCCAAACAUCCAAAUAUCUGAAUUGACCUCCUCCGACAAGUGUGCCCGUGACAUUUGGAGGAACAACGAAGGUCGCACGUCCAGCUCGACGUCGACAAGCUUCCACACCGAGACGGACUCGUCGGGCGUCCCGCUCAUCCGCACGUCUGUCAGAACAUGAAUCCGUCCACACACUACGGGGUGGGGGGGGGGUCCUCGAUUUACCAAAGAGUUCCAUUUCUGCAGCGGCGACCUAGCCCGAACUUGUACGUGACUGCGAAGGCGCUAAUGUACGCUAACGCAGCGGUCAACUGACAACUUUCGAGUUCUUUGCACGCAAUUUCUAACUUGGAAAGCGUGCCGGCGCACAGGACCUCGGACCAGACUCGGAACCCUAAAUUGCUUCCAAGUCAGCAUUGUGAAUGAAAAACUGUUCUCAGCUGGUGAAGCAAAGAAUAAAUCAUAAAACAAGAACUAAAUAACACAUUAAAGAUUAAGAAAUGCAUGCUUGCUUGUUUGUUGCUCCCAGCUGCUUGACUCUAAAGCGAACAUAUUAAAAGAAAAGAGAAUUAAUUGUAUAUUUAAACACAAGAAAGUUCAAACAAACCCAAUUAUUUCGUCUCAUACCACCGGACUCAGUAAUUUGAAACACUGAUCUAAAAAAAAAAAAUAAAAAAAAAAACAUCUAGCUGUGUGUCGAUUAGUUGAAGCCAGUUGGCCGCCAUCUUUGUACUCCCAAAACGCGUGGAGGAUAUGGCUUACGGCGAGGUUUUUCCUCAAACUUUGGGAUGUUGAAUUAAAAGUGGUCGUGUGAGGUUGACAUUUGUUUCAGUUCUGGUAACAUGAAGGAUUUUUAAUUCGACUUGGUAAGCCAAAAAAGGCAAAGUGCAAAGGAAAGACAUAGAACACCGUGAGUUCCAAGAAACCUUGCAUAUCACCUCGGGCCCGAUUUUCCGUGACAUGUGAACUUUUCCCAAAAUACGCUGUGAAGCACUAUCAUUAUAACAGCAAACCAAAAAAAAGCAUUUUUUUGGUCAUAAAAACAUUCAAUUUUAAGUCUGUCAGACAUAUUUUGGGAAAUAAGGACUCGCAAUGGGAAAAUACAUAAUAAAAACACUAUUUGUUGUCUCUGCGACGUCAGACAGAAAAUUUAAACUUGUUUCCUCAUAUUUGAAAAUCAAACUCGAUUUGCAGAGUUCUGUAUUAUGAAAUUCAUCCAAAAUUUCACAGAAAAUGUGUUUUCUUGCUUAUCCACUGAUGAAGUUUGGGAAAAUAUUGACAUCGCUUUUUCGUGAAAAACCGUCGGCCUAUGAAAAUGAAAGCACAGAGUGAACAGUGAACAAUAACAACUGUAAACAAAACUUUGUGCAAGUGAAUUAAUACCAUCAGGAAAUAAAAAUUUUAACAGUGUCAAAGUAAAUCUUCCCAACUUACCUGGAAUGGAAUGUUUUCUCACAGCCACAAAACUAGCGAAUUAACGGUCUGGUUGUUUUGGGAGUAUCAAGAUGGCGGAUGGCGACUUCAGUUUUGGUGGCCAAUGAACUAUCCAGUCGUUUUUUUGUUUUAUUUUUUUUAGAUCAGUGGUUUGGACUCUUUUUCUUGCUUCUUAAUUCGUCUGCAUCUCAUUCAGUAGAACUCAGCGCUGCCCCGAGUGUUGUGGCACAACGUGGUACUGCACAGACCUCGCGCAGUUCAAAAAUCAGACAUUAUGUACUGUUAAAAACCAUACAAAAGUACCGCUUAAAAAUACACAAUUUAAUUAAGUAAUUCACUGUUAUUAAUUAAGAAGCCCGUGUAUAUGUUCCCCACUAAUCUUUGAAGGGGCCACAAUUGCGUGUGAAGGACAUAACCGAACUCAGGGCUCUCUGUUUUAAUAUUGACUAUAUUUUUGUGCGUGUACCUGUUUUGUUUUUUUAAUAUUGUACUGUAAUUGAACGCCACAUCACCAUCAGCUUGUAAUGAUUUUUCAUCCCCUAUUUUGUCCUCAUAUACUUUCUCCACGUAAUUUAUGUCUUCUGGUGGCUUACGUAGCGCAGUGAAGGGAGUUGCCUGGUUCAUGGAAAUAAUCAUAAAUUGAAAUGAAGCAGAUAUCAAACGUCUUGAAUGCGGUUCUGUGGCCCUGGGAAUUAACAAUUGCCUUCUUAACAAGCAUAAGCAACGUUGUACUAGAAGUUGUUACUGUUCGAAUCUCACAUGGCGGCUCAAGAAACGUUGUGGGAAGCCGUCCAUCUGCGCUCUCUUAUAUGGUGUAUUGUUUGUGCUUUAGUUCUUUUAACGAAUGAUGUAAAUGCGCAAAAUCCCACAAAAUGUUAUUGUACCAUAAU